AUGAAGGACCUACGAGCUGCAAGCUCGCCCUUUCCGCCUGCCACAUGGAAGAUCAUGCAGGGCGAAUUUGUGGGGCUGUGCCACUUGUGCUACCGGUUACACCUCGACGACAUGCAACAACAGCAGCAACAUCGACCACCAAAAUGGAACUUUGUUCGGAUUGACAGACUACCUCCUAUGAGUUCCGACGACCCAGGACAUCGCGCAAAACGGCAGCGGCUAUCUUCGGAGCCGAGUAGCCAAGAAGAAAAUACUGUAUCAGCUCCGAUUGAGGCUGAAGUGCAGUGUAGGCAGGAGUCAGUUGGCAUUGAAGAUGACGGUGAGGGUUAUGGAGACUUGGAAUUUGAGUCCAGUGAAGAUGGAGACGAAAAUGAGGACGAGGAUGGCGAGGACCGCGUCCCCCGUUUCAGGCGUGGUCACCCCUCAGAACUCAUCGAUUCUGGAUCACCUUGGAACACUCGGCUCUGUGAUCAUUGUCAAAGAUGGAACGCCUGGAGGCGUGACCCCGAGCACGACGUCUUCUCCACGAAGCUGAUUCUCCGAAAACUCUUGGCUUCGCUGGCAUUGGAACCACGCCACGUCAGGAUACCCGAACGACGAGUGUGGCGGCCAGGACAUGGAAGAAUAAUUGAUGAUAGCCGCGAAGAGGUAGACCAGAGCAAGUGGAACAAGCGCGCGUGGACCUUUCAAGAGCGAGUACUGUCCAAGAAACUCAUCUACGUCUGCGACCAUCGAGUCUUCUUUCAGUGCGGCCAAGGAUGGCACGAGGAGGACUUCGGACCUAUAGACGUUCCCGACUACGCUAACCCGACAAGAAUAAUACGCACAUACCUGCACUGGGAGCUCGCACUACGUGACUAUAUCGGACGGCAAUUUACAUAUGACGCUGACAUACUUCGUGCUUUCCAGGGCCUUUCCAGUAGAGCCGCGCGGGAGCUGAAAACCACGACUUUGUAUGGUCCCCCUGAGAGGUUCUUCCUCCUGGCACUUCUGUGGGAUUGCACCGCGAUGAUUCGCCGUCGGGUCGAGUCACAGCUUGCACCCUCAUGGAGCUGGGCAGCCUGGGAAUGGCCGACGUACGGCUCGUACUCGAGUCACUAUAUCCCCGACGAUUACAUUAUCCCUGCCUACGUCCGUCGAACUUCGCUAACAUUAUACGUGAAUCGUAGCGGAAUUGGUCUUUCGCAGCUAGUUAUGGACCACGAAAUGGAACUGAUGGACCGUGCAGGCCACCGUGGUCGUUGUGUGUCUUGGAAUCCAUCUCGUAAUUGCGAUACAUUCGAGGCGCACUAUACGCGAAUCGCCGAAAGCAUCGACGGGGCUCUGAUAUUCCGGACAGAGGUUGCAGAAGUGACUCUGAACAUAUUCGAGCGAAUAGUCGGAAAUCAGCCACUGCUGAUCACUUUACGAUCAAACCAAGGCACAUCAAUCGGUAUGCUAUCAGAGUUCACCACGGUCGACACAAGAUGCGCCCAAUACACCGUGGUCAUUCUCGGAGAAGGCGAGCUGAACGAUGCCGUGGCGAUUCAGACAGCUCAACGUAAGAAAGAGCGCCUCAGAACGGAGUCAACUACCUGGUUCGAUGACUACAUUGAUCUGUUCUUCGUAGGACCGGAAGCAGCGUGUCCGAGCAACGAGGUCUACUUUAUCAUGCUCGUCCAGCCACAUCCUCUACACGAGGAUGUGUACGAGCGUGUGGCUGGAGGGAUAGUUUUCAAGGACCUUUGGAAAGUCUGUGAGCCGGAAAUGAGGACUGUCAUAAUCGCGUGA